GUUUAUAAUUCACACAUGUGCGCUUCUUUUGGUAGGACAUGAAUGUUAUUUUCCGUCUCACGCGCGCAAGAGCGAGCGCAUAGUUCAACAUGUUGUCGCGUCGUUUUAUACGACCAUCAUGUCACUCUCUAACGAUCCGAGCAACUUCCCAGAUUACCCUAGCCUCCCACCUCCCUCGAUUCACCCGACCAACUCGACCGUUCUCUCAAACCCACCUCCGAAGAAACAACUGGCCCGGUCCUCGUGAGACGCGUAAUUACAACCACGAUCCUCGCUACCGACUCUCCCAGGCUAAGCCUCUUAUAACAUCUAGCCGUCUUGGAAAAGUAGCUCGCUCGCCGAGUCUGCACACCGUUAUCGUUCUAUCCAUCCUCGGUGCUGUAGCAUUCUACUUCAGCAAUAUUCAAACUGUACCCGUGUCGGGACGGCGGCGCUUUAAUUGCUUUAGCGAUGAGACCGUAGAGGCGGCGAGCGAGGCUCAGGUUAAGAGGCUGAUUUGGGAGGUAGAACGCUCCGGUGGCCGAUUCCUGGGUGAUUGGGAUCCACGAGUGAUUAUGGUAAAACGAGUGAUGAGAAAAUUGAUCCCAGUAUCGGGCAUGGAAGGAGCAGAUUGGGAGAUCAGGGUGAUUGAUGAUCCUCGCACCGUAAAUGCCUUCGUCCUCCCCGGCGGUAAAGUCUUCGUCUUCAGCGGCUUGAUACCUCUAGCAAGGAAUGAAGAUGGCCUUGCCGCCGUACUGGGUCAUGAGAUCGCCCACAACCUCGCCGGGCACGUGGCCGAGCGUAUGUCGGGGCAGAUCGGGGUAAAUAUUUUACUCUAUUCUGCCAUCCUCCUUACAGGCGGACUAGCAAUGCUUGGUACACAUUUUAUAGGAGGUGCAGUUUUAGAUCUACUAUUUUCACGGCCGAUGGGUCGCAUGCAAGAGAGCGAGGCGGAUUAUAUCGGCCUAAUGAUGAUGGCAGAGGCUUGCUAUGAUCCGCGCGAGGCACUUGGAUUUUGGAAACGCAUGGAAAGGGCGCAACAGGGAGAGCCGCCCGAAUGGCUAAGCACCCACCCGUCCAAUUUUAACCGAAUACAGAAGAUAGGAGAAUGGAUUCCUAAAGCCCUAGAGAAGAUGCAGGAAAGCGACUGUCGGGGGUCCUUAGGGUUUGCCAACUUAUUUAAAAAAGCUAUGGAGAGAGGUUUAUUGAUAGAGUAAGAUAAAUCUGUAUAUACAUAGUACUGUACAUAAGUUAUGAUAAAUGAUACCUGUGGACGAGAGUGAAGGUG